AUGCAAUCUUCAAAAGGUCGCCCAGUAAUUGUCGUGCUCGGCACGACAGGAAAUCAAGGCGGCGGCGUUGUCCAGGCGCUCCUCAAGUCUGGAAAGUGGCACGUCCGAGCCGGAACAAGCAAUCCCGAUUCGAACAAGGCCAAGAAACUCCUGGAGGGAUCUAAAGAUAGCUUGGAGCUGGUUGAAGUUCAUCCUUAUCAGGUUGAAACGCUUCAAAAAGCUUUUGCUGGCGCCUAUGGAGUUUUUGCCAUUACCAGCGAGAGACAUCCCGAUCGGAAACUGGUGCACGAGGAUGAGAUGACGCACGAGAUUGAGGCUGGCCGGAACAUAGUGCAAGCUGCCGUGGAAUGCAAUGUGAAGCAUUUCGUGUUCAGCAGUCUGCCUGAUAUGACCAAGGUGACUUCCGGUCGCUACCCCAAGCUCUACCACAUGAGCAACAAGCACGCGGUCGAGGUGGUUGCGAGGGAACAGCUCCAGCAGAGGGUUACAUGCCUGGUGCCAGGGUUCUUUUAUUCCAAUCUGCAGUGGGCACAGUACUCUCGGCGUCUGGAAGACGGCACAAUAAGAUUUUGUUAUCCUCUUCCAUCGGACCAAAACGCCCAGUGGACUGAUCCUGCAUAUGACAUGGGAGUUUACGCAGCGAAGGUAUUCGAAUUGGGCCCUGAACGCACAGGGGGCGAAACCUACUACCCAAUGAGCUCUUCCAUCACACCGCAGCAGAUGGCUGAGACGUUUACCCGUAUCACCGGCCAGAGGGCUUACCAUGACCCGACCUCGGCGGAGGAGUUUGGUGACUUGACGGCUCCCUUGGUAGGACCAGCCUUUAAGGAUGAUGCGAUGCAAAUGAUGCAAUGGGCCGCGGAGACACCAAAGGACACGGUUGCAUACGGCUCCAAACAAAUCUCUGCGGACGCUCUCGGACUGGCUGCGAGCUCGUUUGAAGAAUGGCUCAAGCGAACUGGCUGGACUGGACCGGAGCAUGGCCAGUGA